AUGCACGUCCUGGUCGUGCUUUGUCAUCCGAACCAGGAGUCCUUUACUCGCGCUGUCGCGGAUCAAGUUAUCAAAGGGGCAGAGAGCGCAGGUCAUACAGUCAAGAUCAUUGAUUUGUACCGAGAAGGCUUCAAUCCGAUCUUCACUUCACGCGACUGGGAACAAUUUGAAGGUGUGCCAAUGCCCGAGGAUGUGCUUGAGCAUCAGCGUUUCGUGGAAGAAUCAGACGCCAUUUUCCUCAUUUUCCCUAUCUGGUGGUACCAAAUGCCUGCAAUGAUGAAGGGAUGGCUGGACAGGGUUUGGUCCGCAGGCUGGUGCUACAAAUGGGAGCGCAAUCCUGAAGGCAGUUUAUUGAGGCACCGGCCUUGUACAGUCCUUGCGCUCGCCGGCGCGACUUCCCAACAGCUCGAUAGAUGGGGCUAUGACAAGCAAAUUCAUCAUUUGUGGAGAUAUGGCAUCUUCGGCUACUGCGGUUUCGAGCCACUCCGAAUCACUAUCUUCGAUGAUUGCUCGUACUCGGAGAACGGGAAGCACACUCAACAUCUGAACGCGGCGUUUCGAGCAGGACGGGAUAUUGGUCAUGAUCCCGAGGCUCUUCCGGGAAUCAAACCGUUUCUAGACCAGGGCCUCACUAUUCGAGGAGACAAAUAUGUAGAGGAGUGA